UUCACUUUUCACAUAUGCAUGGAUUCAGCAACUGGAUUGCUAAGCUGUUUGAGUGAUUUAUGCUAGGUAGUAAAAUGGAUACCAUGUUGUUCACAAACAUAACGGAACUGGACAUUCUACCUACUACCGACACCACAAGCGGUGCCUUGCCUGUGCGCUCACUAAAUCCAGAGGAAGAGAUGAUACGUAGGAUUUGGAUGGCGUGGUACGAAUGUAACAUCACUAUUUUGUCACAACUCUAUCCUAGUGACGGUGGGCUAUACUGUAACGCUACAUUUGAUGGCUGGGAUUGUUGGAAUUACACGUCUGCAGGAACUCGCAUCUAUCACGAUUGUCCAACUUUCCUUCGCCACAAGUACGGUCAACCUACAGGUCAAGCGUUCAAGGAUUGUCGUGUUGACGGGACGUGGCUGACCCAUCCUGAUACUGGGCGGACAUGGACAAACUAUACACCAUGCGCCAGCAACAAGGAGACGCUACAGAGAGUCAUCAGUAUAUACUACAGUGGAUACGCUCUCUCCAUCAUCCUCUCCAUCGCAUCUCUCCUCAUCUUCUCCUGCUUCCGACAGCUCCACUGUAGCCGGGUGACGCUACACAAACAUCUUUUUAUCACAUACGUCCUGUCCGGCGCUGCCUGGAUCCUCAUGUUCGCUCUGAUGGAUAUGCCCGGCAUGGUCAAAGACAACCAGCCAUGGUGCCAGGCGCUGCAUGUUCUUACUCAGUACCUGACACUGUGUAACUAUUUCUGGAUGUUCUGUGAGGGGUUCUACCUCCACGCGCUCGUCGUAUUUGCCUUCACAAGUGACAAGCGCCUCCUCGUCAUCUGUUACGUCAUCGGCUGGGUCGGUCCGCUUAUCCCAACUGCAGUGUAUGCGGCAGUCCGAGGGUCCAAACCGGAACUACGUCACGGGUGUUGGUCUAUUACCGCAGACGAGAACUGGAUCCUGACGGGCCCUGUUGUGGUAUCCUUAGUGGUGAAUUUUCUGUUUUUACUCAACAUUUUACGGAUAUUGCUGUCUAAGCUACGAGCAGUAAAUUCCAGCGAGGCGCAUCAGUCAAGACGGACAGCACGUGCCACACUUAUCUUAAUACCCUUACUGGGCCUACAGUACUUCGUCAUCCCCUUUCAGCCGGACACUCCGUCACCAAUCUAUGACAUCAUAUCCGCUGUGCUUACGUCAUAUCAGGGCGUGCUUGUGGCGUUAUUUUUCUGUUUCUGUAAUGGCGAAGUUAUCAACGUCGUUCGGCGAAAGUGGAAAGUAAUGAGGGAGAGAUUAGGCGGCGUGGACAUGAAGCGCAGUAAUACAUUCAAUGUGAGUCUGUUAGAGACGACCUAUGUCCCGAGGACCACUUCUGGAAAUGGUUCUUUCCACCGGAAGUCAGUGGAAGGCCCGUUAUCUGUGAAGGGCUGUGAUGAUAUGUACCGGACUGAUACAGGUGCAUUGCCUUACACUCCGGUGGUUAGAAACGACUUGGACAACGGUGAAGUGUGAUUGACCUAGUCGGUUAAGGAACAUAUCAACUACCGCGAGACAAAGUCUAAUAACUAUUCCGUGUAUAUCACCAGACUGUGUUAAUAACAUUACGGGAUGUUUGAUUACAAAAUAAUAAUUACCUAUAUUUCUGCAGUUCUAUUUUGUGCGUACAAGACAUCAACUUCUGGCAGUUCUAUCAUUUGUGUUGAACACAUCCAAACCUUCCUAUUAAAUCGUGUGAAUAUGGUCUAUGAUGUGUGGAUCUGGAUCUUUGAUCAUGUGUUAAUGAGACAUCGUCGACAGGUGUUUUAUCACGUUUGCGAGUCAGAUAUGAUUCUGGAUGUUCUAUCAUAUAUUCAUUAUACACUGACAUCGUCGUCAGGUUAUUCUAUCACAUGCAUGUGAGAUUUGAUUUCUGGGUAUUCGAUCAUAUGUAAAUGAAACAUCGUCAGUCUGUUCUUGUGUGAGGUAUAUGAUUUCUGGCUGUGCUA